ACUAAUAGGAAAGAUAAAGUCGAUUAUUCUACAGGUGUCUCGUGGUAUGCUGCCAUUUAUUGAACGAAAGAAUGCUCAAAGAAAUGAAGGAAGAGCGAGCGAGGCUGCGACAGAAAAGGUUGAUUGAUGAAGGAGUGAAUCGCGAGGGCUUCAAUUGUGGGGAAUGGAUAGCAAUGAUUGUAAGAACAACAACGAAAGCAAGGGGAGCAGUAGACAAGGGAGGAGAAGCCAACUUGGGAUGCCUUUGAUUCUGUUGAUCAGCGGUACUUUGGUGUACUACCACUGCGCAUAUAGGAAGGCCAGCCUUCUCUCUUUGGUCUCCGACGUCCUCAUCGUUCUCCUCUGCUCCCUCGCCAUUCUCGGUCUCCUCUUCCGCCAAUUGAACAUCUCGGUACCCGUGGAUCCACUUGAGUGGCAGAUUUCUCAGGACACUGCUAAUGGCAUUGUUGCGUGUAUAGCUAAUACAGUUGGAGCUGCGGAGUCUGUUUUGAGGGUUGCCGCGACGGGGCAUGACAAGAGGCUAUUUUUCAGGGUGGUGGUUUGUCUGUACACGCUAUCCGCUUUGGGACGAUUUGUUUCAGGUGUUACAGUUGCUUAUGCUGGGUUGUUCUUGUUUUGUCUAUACCUGUUAGCAGAGAAUUCUCAAUCAAUCGGCUAAUGUGUGUCUCAGUUUCCGAGGUGAAGAAAUGGCUCAACUUCAGAGCAGGAGUUGGAUGUAGUCUGUGAUAUGUAAAUUCAUGCAUGCGCAGUUAUCUUACUACAACUAUUAUGGUGACCCUCUUGGGAUAUUCUUGAUAAUUGUGGUAAAACUGUAAAAGAGUAGCAAUUAUUUGGAACAGAUGCACGACUAAAUGAAUGCUUGCCUCAGCUCAUUUGACUC